UUAAUCCAACCUUGUGCGCAACUUGAAGACAUCUUGAACGAUCCGAGUAUCGAAAUUUGCGAAAGGCAAUCUAAUCUCAGAUCCAAACUCUUAUUAAAUCCAAGGAAUGAUGCUACCAGUUUCUCAGUCGAGCUCUGAGGCAGCCAGACGCUUCAUCACUUUCGUGAAUGCAUCACCAACUCCUUUUCAUGCCAUACAUAAUGCAUCUAUACGACUGGAAGCAUCUGGAUUCAAGAAGAUCAGGGAAGCAGACGAUUGGGAGAAGAAUCUGCAACCACGAGGGAAAUACUACUUUACCCGCAAUCAGAGUUCCCUAGUUGCUUUUACCAUUCCACCGAACUGGAAGGCGGGCGCGGGGUUAUCUAUUGUGGCUACACACGUUGAUAGCCCGAAUUUGAGGGUGCGCCCGAUAUCCAAGCGGGAGAAGAUUGGGUACCUCCAGGUCGGAGUAGAAACUUAUGGCGGAGGUAUCUGGCACUCCUGGUUCGAUCGGGACCUCUCGUUAGCCGGCAGAGUCGUGGUCACGCAGCAAGAUGGGACCUUUCAAUCAAAGCUCAUCAAGGUUGACCGACCUCUCCUGCGUAUUCCUACCCUCGCCAUCCACCUGGACAGAAAUGUUAACGACAAUUUGAAGUUUAACCAAGAGACAGAAUUUGUACCCAUUCUAGGGCUUGUCGCGGAAACCUUGAACAAGACAUCCAAGGAUGAUAGGGUAUCAAACGCGACGGCUGCUAGCAUCCAAGGAAAUCAUCAUCCAGCCCUACUCUCUGUCAUUGCCAACGAAUUGUCAGUUUCUCCUGAGGAGAUCCAUGAUUUUGAAUUGCAUUUAUAUGAUACCCAAUCUUCUGUCUUGGGAGGCGUUAACAACGAGUUUAUGUUUAGUCCUCGUAUGGACAACCAAGUUUGCUCCUUCUGCGCUGUGGAUGCCAUCUCCACCUAUGCCUCGUCUUCCAAUUUCAAUCUUCUCGAGGGCAACGUUAAUUGCAUCGCCCUCUUCAAUCAUGAGGAAAUUGGCAGCGUCUCCACAUCUGGGGCAGAGUCUUCCUUGAUUCCCUCGCUCCUGCAACGACUAUCUCCCACUCCUGCGCUUCACUCACAGUCCGUUGCUCGGUCGUUCCUUGUAUCGGCGGAUAUGGGUCAUGCCAUUCACCCAAACUAUACCUCAAAGCACGAGGACAACCAUCAGCCGAUUAUGAACGGAGGUAUUGUCAUUAAGACCAAUGCGAAACAGAAAUACGCCAGCGACGCAAUCGGGUCCUUCAUUGUGAAGAAACUUGUCGAGCGCAAAGGAGGCAAGGUUCAAGAGUACGAGGUUCGAAACGAUAUGUAAGUAUUCAUUUAUCUUCACAAGCAUGUCUUGACCGUCGACAUCCAGGGCGUGCGGUUCGACGGUCGGGC